GCCAUCCUGUUUCCAAAGUGCCCAGAAUUCUCUUGAAUGCCGCUCCCAGACAAACCUUGCUCUGGGCCAGGCUGAGUCAGGCGUGAGAAGGAAGUAGGCUGCACCGAGGAGGGAUUGCCCCUGGCACAGGCACCACAGAGACAUUCUCGAGUUUAUUGUCUCUGAAUAGAGGAAGUGGGCACCCAAAAAGGUGAACGGAUUGGCCCAAGGUCACCCAGGAGUCUACAGUGCAGGGAGGGCUCCCUGUCCCCAGCGAAUGGGUACGAUUCUGGUCAGGGACGCACAUGCUGGUCCCCUUAAAGGCGUGGGAUCUGUGCAGCGUCUGCGCCCACUCCCCUGUGCGCCCCUCUGCACAGGUGGCGCCCCGUGCCCUGUGGGGGCGGCAGCGAGCAGGACCGCAGGGACGCUCAGGCUGGGGACUGUGGAGCCCACGAAGCCGGCUCUGCUAGGGGGAGAAGGAUGCUCUGCAUGCCCAGGAUCCUGCGGGCACUGAAAAUCGACACACUCAUGCCCAUUUCCUGUAAUGGACAAACUUGAUGCUAAUGUGAGUUCCAAGGAGGGUUUCCAGUCCGUGAAGAAGGUCACGCUGCUAACAUUCCUCUCAGUGGUUAUCCUGAUGGCCAUCCUGGGCAACCUGCUGGUGAUGGUAGCUGUGUGCAGGGACAGGCAGCUCAGGAAAAUAAAAACCAAUUAUUUCAUUGUGUCCCUUGCCUUUGCUGAUCUGCUGGUUUCGGUGCUGGUGAUGCCCUUUGGUGCCAUUGAGCUGGUUCAAGACACCUUGAUUUAUGAGCGUACGUUUUGCCUGGUCCGGACCUCUCUGGAUGUCCUACUCACAACAGCAUCGAUUUUUCACCUGUGCUGCAUCUCACUGGAUAGGUAUUAUGCCAUCUGCUGCCAACCUUUGGUUUAUAGAAGCAAGAUGACCCCUGUCCGCAUCGCACUAAUGUUGGGAGGCUGCUGGUCCAUUCCCAUGUUUAUAUCUUUUCUCCCCAUCAUGCAAGGCUGGAACAAAAUUGGCAUUUAUGAUGUGAUAAGGAAAAGGGAACUCAACCACAACUCUAACGAUACAUGUGUCUUCAUGGUCAACAAGCCCUACGCCAUCACCUGCUCCGUGGUGGCCUUCUACAUCCCGUUUCUCCUCAUGGUGCUGGCCUAUUACCGCAUCUAUGUCACUGCUAAGGAGCAUGCCCAGCAGAUCCAGAUGUUGCAACGAGCAGGAACCACCCCUGAAAGCAGACCCCAGCCAGCUGACCAGCACAGCACACAUCGCAUGCGGACAGAGACCAAGGCAGCCAAGACAUUAUGCAUCAUCAUGGGCUGCUUCUGUUUCUGCUGGGCUCCCUUCUUUGUCACCAAUGUUGUGGACCCUUUCAUAGACUACACUGUCCCUGAGCAGGUGUGGACUGCUUUCCUCUGGCUUGGCUAUAUCAAUUCAGGGUUGAACCCUUUUCUCUAUGCCUUCCUGAAUAAGUCUUUUAGACGUGCCUUCCUCGUCAUCCUCUGCUGUGAUGAUGAACGCUACAGGAGACCCUCCAUUCUGGGCCAGACUGUCCCAUGUUCAACCACAACCAUUAAUGGAUCCACACAUGUGCUAAGGUAUACAGUUUUGCACAGUGGGCAUCACCAGGAACUGGAGAAAUUGCCCAUACACAAUGACCCAGAGUCCCUGGAAUCAUGCUUUUAAUUGAAGACCUGGCUUGCCAUUUAGCCAUUCAUUCCCAUUCAUGUCUGCAUGAACAGGACACCCUGGAAACACUCUCGACCCUGGUCAUCACCAGUGAAGCUUGAAGUACGGGGCACCAGGGCCCAGUGAAGGUACACAGAAGACGGUGUUCAGUGGAACCUGGACCCAGCACAUCAAGGAUUUCAGAAUUGUGUGGGGACUUCAGACAUCAUCAGACCCAGUGUCCUACCCAGAGCCCAAGUGGCACCACUCAUUGCCUACUGACACAAGGUCGGUCUCUGCUCUCACCUCUCCAGGGACAGGAGCUCACUACCUCCGAACGCAGCCCCUUCUGUGGUGGGAAUGAGCUAAUUGUGUGGAAGUUUUGUCGUUUAUCAGCACCCAAGUCUGUGGUUGCUCUAGCCUCUGUCAGGGCAGCGAUGUUGGUCUCCUCUUCCUCUCAGAAAGCCUUAGACAUUGGAAGAAAAUGACCUGCCACCUGCCCACCCCUCUCAGUCUUCUCUCUCAAUGGAGCAUCUCCAGUUUCCUCUUCGCUCUGGCCAUCUUCUGGACAUGCUUUGGUGGGCUCCGGAUGUCUGUCUAGAAGCUCUCAAGUACUGACAUGGAAGGUGUCAGGAAUUUUGGCUUACAGCCAUGGACAUUUUCAUUUCCUUCCUUCUCUCCCUCCCUCUUUCCAUCCCCCCUCCCUCCCUUCUUUCUUUCCUUCCUUCCUUACUUUUUUCUUUCUUGAUCAUAGCAUACUACUUGAGGUAUUAGUUCCCCCUUGAGGAUAAAUUUUAAAGAUUCUGCUUAGGUUUUGCCUUUGGACCCAUUACUAAGAGACCUCUAUACAGAUAAUUGUGUGUGUGUGUGUGUGUGUGUGUGUGUGUGUGUGUGUGUGUGUGUGUUCACACGUGCAUGCAUGUGUGUGUAAAGUUGCCAUUUUCCCACUGGCAUACUAGUGAUUGCUUCCCCUCCAUGGUGGUGGACUGGGACCCUGAUUGCUAUGAACAUUGACAGAGAAUAGUCUCACAACUCAAGAAUUCAGGAGUGGAAGUCGGGGAGGAGCUAGAGAAAAGGCUCGGUGUUUAAGAGAAGCGCACUUGUUGCUCGGGCAAUAGACCCAGGUUUGGCUCCCAGCAUCCACAUGGUGGCUCACAACCAUUUGUUACUCCAGUUCCAAGGGAUCCAGCACCACUUCUGACUGCCACAGGCUCCUGCACACACACGGUGCACAUAUACACACACUUAGGCACACACACACAUACACACUCACAGACUAAAAUAAAAUAAAAUAAAACGUUAAGGAGGGAAACUGACUUGCUCCCACAGAGACUGCCUUUUAAGGAUGAGCAGGGUCCUGUGUUGAACAAGCCAAUGGUCUAGUCCUAGGCCAUUUUCUGUUUUGAGCAGAGAACAAAUCCAUCUUUCUGUACUGGGAACUGUCAUUAUUGAACCCUGCCUUUGAAGCUACUAUGGUUCCAUUUUACACACAUUUUUGUAGAGUCUCGUUUGUUCCAAACCCCAAGAUAUGUUUUCUCUCCUAUGCUAAAGCUGUCACCACCUUCUUUGUCUUGGGUAAGUUAUUUCUGAGAGAGAGAGAGAGAGAGAGAGAGAGAGAGAGAGAGAGAGAGAGAGAGAGAGAGAGACUUGAGACUCACAAGUGUUUUCUUUUUUUCUGCCGACAAAGACCAGUUCAGUUCACUGCUUUGAAACAGAGGGAGCGGGGAAGCGGGACAUGGCCCAGCAUCCCUGCCCUGUUUUAACUCCCCAUCUUUCUCCUUCUUCUCUCUCCCGCUCUUCCACCCUCCUCCCUUCUUCUCCCUCUUAUGCUUUUUUGAGACAGGGUUUUUCAUAGCCCAGGCUGGCCUCAAACUCACUGUGUAGCUGAGGCUGAACUGAGCUCCUGAUCCUCCUACCUCCAUCUUCCAAGUGUUGGGGCCACAGGCUUGAGUCACCCUACAAGUUUCCCUUACUUUUCUACUCCCUGCGUCGUUCCUUCUUCCCCUCUGAUGACAGGUCACACUGGGCUCUUUGUCCCUGUUUAAUCUAUGAAGGAAGAACUCACUGGCCAUCCUCCUUUUCCCCAUCUUCAGAUACCGUGAGAAGGAAUGGUCAUCCCCCACAAAGGAAUGAAGUGACCAACCGUCUAGGUUUAACAUUGAAAGUCUCAUAUCCCAAGGCAGUCCGCAGCCCUUGGCAAGUUAAGGAUAGUCACCAUACUUAUGGGACCCUUCUCUAUGGAAAACCAGUAAACACCUUGGAUCUGAGUCCCUUCCUGUCUUUUCAUGAAAAACUGAAGGAAGGGACUAGGGACAAGAAGACAUGGUGAUAAGCCAAAUGCAAAUCCAUGAGACAAGAGUGGAUUCAUUCUAUCUGGAGAGCUGCUACACAGCAUUAGUUCCACCCAUGGCUUCCAGGAAUCCAGACAACACAGCUUGAAUGUGGAAGAUGCAGAAGAUACACAGCAGUCCAGGCUUCAAGGAGACCUACACUUGUCCUCUUCCUAAGAAGCUCCUCUGUCAGGAAGCCGGCUGUGUUAAGAUGAGAUGUUACUAGGGAAGAGGAGGCUGUGGUCCAGCUAAUCUGGCCAGAUGAACACUGGCAACCACUUGGAUGUUUAAUGAAGUCUGUUUCCAUGCCAGGGAUAAAGGAUUCACUGUGCUUUCUUUCCAUUUGACUUUGCAGUCCAUAGGAAUACCCAGUUCUGAAGAUCCCACCUCAUCUUGCUGGAAGCCAGAAUGAUCCAGAGGUCCUGAUGAAAGAAAAAAAGGGAAUGCUAGUUCUUUGCCCUUGCCUAGGGGCAGACUUGGCAAGGGCCAGUCUUGGCCUGGGCCUCAAAGGAUUAACGUUUCAGUUCCUAGGAACCCAGCUUUCCCCUCUGAAGGGCUGUGGUUAUCAGUCCUAAGGCAGCUGUGUCUGAGAUAUCCUGUGUUCUCUUGCCAACAUUGUCUGAUUUAGCUUUCUGCUGACCUUGGCCAUUUUCCCUCAGCAAAUAGGAUAUAUAAAAUGCUCUACUUCUUAAUAAGCUUGCUCGGCAUAAGACGUAGCUUGUGCAAGACCUGUCAACCCCAGCUUCCUACCUCCUCCUCUGGCCAUCCCUCUUAGAAUGCUGGACCUGAAGAGCAACUGCUGGUCCAGGUCACGAACCCUUUCCAUUAGCAACUAGAGAGUAAAAGAAAUAAAAACCUACAAGGUAUUGGUUAAAGCAAACUAACAAAGCCAACUCGGAGAUUUCAGUUUCACCGCUCACUAACAUUUCCACUUCCUGCUGCCAACUUGCUCUGUCCUGAAACAAAGAACCAUCUGGGAAAUGGGGUAGGGUAGGGCAUUGUGGGUAGGUGACAGAGGAGACUCACUGAGAUGCCAGAGAAUAGAGACAACCAAAUCAUCUGUAAUACAGUCUUCAAGUGAGGAGAAAGUGUCUUCUUGGUGCUGUGCAAUCUAGCUAUUUCUCUUUGGUAUUGUGGCUCUCUUAGGUGAGAGAUGGAAAGUGCUUUUCUUUCCCUCUAUUACUUCGAUUGGCUGUGGUCAAAAUCUGCCCCAAAAUACAGGGUGGUCUAGGAGGAAAUAAAAAAUCAGGGUAUUUGCCCCUUUUGGCCAAAAGUGUCCUCUUUGCACACAGUCUAGAAAACUAAGUACUGAUUUGAAUGUGAACAAUGCAGGGAUGAACUUGAAGAGCUGGGUUCAGGCCCACUCUUGCUCUGGCCCUGAGCAGAACUUGCCUCACUCUAUUCUUCUACAAAAUGCAGAUGGUCACUGAGCUGGCUGGAUCUGUGUGACUGUUCCAACAUGGAUAGCCAAGGGCCACUGUUAGAAGUUUGGCUAAAUACAUGCUUUGCCUGCACUGUUAUCUACAUAAUAUCUUCAUUUCACUUACAGAAAUUUAGUUUAGAAGGAAACGGUUUAUCAGAUCCCAAAUGGAAAAAUGAGUUUUAUUUGCUGUAAAUAGAAAGCAGCCAUAGAGAAAAACUAAUAAAAAAUAAAACCAAACUACUAAAUUCUAACCAGAUGUCAACACUCAGAGCGUGUCCCCUGCCUCUGCAUGUCCCAGGAAGACAAACAUGUCAGUGGAGUCCCCCUAUCUCCUCUCUAGGAGAAUUUAGAGAAUGAAUUCCAAACUAUAGGAAUUCAUCAAUUUAAUACAAGUUACGUUCCAUGUUUUUGGAAACAAAGAAGGGAAACAAACUGCUUACUAUUUUUAUUAGUAUUAUACUUAAUCCAGAUUGUGUCUCCUCUGCUGCCUUUUACUUUAGCUCUUUCUGAACUUCGUGAGCAGUAACAGAAUGAGAAGCUAACUAACAAACGCCUUUCUGCUGGGCAUUCGGUUAAGUGCUUUCCGUGGAUUUUCUCAUAAAACAACCUUUACAAGUACCAAAAUUACUCCCACUAAAAAUGAGCAGACCUCAGCAGAGACAUCAUCUGGUGACUGACCUGACAAGUAUGGAUGUGGGAUGUAGGCCCAGGCCCCUCGAUUACAUGGCCUAAGCACUUCCCCUCUCUUAUCACCUUGGAACCCGGAGCUGUGCCUGUUCUGGUCUGAGCUCUGCCAUUCACUUGUCCUCUUGUUUUUUUUCCUCUGAAUGUCAUUUCCAUUAAUUCAAUGAUGGGGGUAUUCUGGUCCAUGGAUGGUCCAGCAGGAAGGCUCUCUAGUACCAGGGGAGCCUGAGGUUACUGAUAGUCAGCAGCAGACUGACAGGCAAGUGGAUGAACCCUGAAUAUUGCAAACCACCAUCAAGGCGCCCUGCAGAAGGCAAUCUGAAUUUGCCAUACUUCUUGGUUGAAUUUAAACUAUUUGGCACCAGCCCGAUUUUCCUGGUAUCUAUCCACCACCAUAGGCACUUUACAAUUGAUCUGCCCUUUCACAAGGUCUCAGCCUCACAAUAGCUAGUGGUGAGAGAUUAUCGGUUCAAUUUUAUAGACAAGACUUUGUCACAGCACGUGACUUGCCCAAGGACAUGUGGCAGAAGAUGGAUGGAAAACACAUUAGGUCUCCUAACCUAGCACAGUGAUUUUUUUUCCUCCUACAUAAAUUAUGGUUUAUAUAAAUGAUGCAUUUAUGCAACUAUUCCCAUUAUAAGAAGUCCCAUAACACAAAUAAAAGUAAAUACUCUUGACCCCAGCUCAGUCCCACUCCAUUCCCAAGGCAGGUGGGGGUGGGGUGGGGGGCUUAUCACUUGGCAUAUGUGAUUCAGUCAUUUGUGGUUUUGUUUGCUGUUAUUUAUGACUAAGGUGAUGCUGUAUGUACUCUGCUACUGGCCUCUCAAUUGUCAACCCCGCACAUCACCUCAUAUCAAUUCACGUGUGCUUCAUGCUGCCAGCCUGGGAGAGCAGGCAAUUCAAUAGCUGAGUGUAUCCUGUGUCUUCCACAAGGUCAGCGGGACUGGUUUCAGGAUGAAGCGGCAGCUCAGACGUAGGGGUUGUCCUGUUGGCAGGAGCCCGCCCCAAAGUGGGUCUCACCUGACUUCCUUCCCCCUUGAGGGACUGUUUGGAGUCAGACUGAUAAAACUCUGCUUCCAGUAAUCCCUAAACACCUGCCUUUGACCAAGUUAUCUAAACUGCUAAACUGGAUGUUUAGCAAGCUUAGGAGGUAUGAUAAGCAACUCCUCCAAACGAUAAUGUCAAGUGUGACCUCCUUUCCAAGGCCUGGUUAGUUCUCAAAGAUCGCUGCCCUAGGAUAUAGUCUAAGGGACAUUAUGGAAAUAUUAAGAAAAAAAACCCAGGAAAAUAAAUUACAACACACACACACACACACACACACACCACACACACACACACACACACACACACACACACACACACACAAGCAACCAGACCAAACACUUUUAUAAUAAACCUGGGUUUUAUACUGGGUGCUCCCACUGGACCCUCACCACUGCCUGGUGGGGGUGGGUAACUGUUACCACCUUACAAAUGAGGAAAGUUGAGGCUCCAGCACAGGGCUCUCCACCACAGACCACUGUCUCCUGGUCAGAGCUGUUGUCUGAGGAAGUUAGAUCUGAACCCAGGACUUCUGCCUCCAUGUACAGAGUCACUUCAAGAAUCAUAGUGUCAGCUAUCAGCCCCGUAUGCCUGGCAGCAUGUGAUACAUGGUUCUUUCUGAUUCUGACACUCAGUCAGAGGUCAUCUGUGAACUAUUUAAGGCCUUGUAGAAACAGGCCAUUGUACACACAGCUGUUGGCAUAACAGAAUGGAUGGAAAACUCCCUUCUCCAUCAGGCGUUACUCAACUGGCCAAGAUGUGGUCUGUACGCCUUCAAAAUGGUUUCUGCUUUUUUAAUGUCUGGGUUGAAAUCCAAGAGUAUUAUUUUGUGAUGUGAAUAUUAUGUGGAAUUCAAGUUUCUGUCUAUCAAUAAAGUUUUGUUGUAAUAUGGC